CCCACCAAGUGCGCUUUGCAGUUGGGACAGCUCUCAACUUUGUCAAACACAGAUCAUAGCCUAGCAAAAUUAUUAGACAGCUACAUACGGAAAGAAGGUUUAUAACCUUCUGUGUUUGCAAUGCAGCGAGUAUAGCAAGUUUUAGACUGUGUCUCGAAUUUGUGACUUCUUAUGGCUCCGUUUGGAAAAAACUUUCUGAAAGCGCGCUUGAAAAACAGGAACAAGGACAUUGAAGCUGUUCCAGGAAAGGAGAUCCAGGUGUCCGUGUUUGAUGAAGAGAAGGUGGUCUGUGGAGUGACCAAACACACAACAUGUGCAGACAUAGUGCAGGCCUUGCUGGACGACCAUAAGACCAUCCCAGAAAGCAAGAGGCUCCUACAUGGUGACUGCAAAGACUUCUGCCUCCUGGAGCGCUGGAAGGGCUUUGAGAGGGCUCUGCCUCCUCUGACACGAAUCCUCCGGCUUUGGAAUGCCUGGGGUGACCAAAAAACAUUUAUUCAGUUCAUUCUAGUUAAAACCAGCGAUGUUGUGCCCCAAACAGGCAAACGGUGCAGUAAAUCCAAAGGGGCCAAGCCAAAGACGUGGGAAAAAGGUCCCACUCAUUAUUCUCAGUCCAUGCCUGUUGAGAGACAAAAGCGCAUGGUGAAAAAAGCCUUUCGGAAGCUGGAGAAGAUCCACAAGGAGAAGGAGACCACCCCAGGUGCUGCGGAGAUUGACAGGAUGGUUCAGCUUAUCAUCUCGCAGGACCACACAAUCCGACAGCAGGUCCAGCGAAUGAGAGAUCUAGAUUUGGAGAUUGAGAGGGGCAAACUGCAGGUGGGCCAGGAGGUUGACAACUUGUCAAAGUUGUCAACACCUCCCACCCAGAGUAUGGGCUUUCAGAAUGAGGAUCCGUUGCAGGACUACCUGUACUCUAGAGACGGAGUGGAGCAGCUAGAGUUGCAGUUGCAGAGGCACCAAGACCUCAUCCUCCAGUUGUCUCAUGACAUCAACGCAGAGCUGAUGAGUGGCACGUUUGCCUGGCCAGAGGUUCCAGAAGAGGAGGUGCAACCGCAAGGGGCCACGGCUGCUGCACUAUCCCAAGCACCUUCUGACUUGGAUCUAUCCUCCCAUGUCCCGGAACUGGAGAGGCUACAGUCAGAACUGAAGUAUAGCCUGUGCACUGGCGUGUCCCUUCACAGCCAAACAAUGGAGCUGGAGAAAGAGCUAAAGCGCUACGAUAUGACAAUAAGCUCCAAAGACCAGGAGUGUUGGCAGCUGGCCACCCAGCUUUGCUCACUGCAGUUGGAGGAAAGUGUAAAGGAAACUCCCAGGUCUGGGACCCUAAAAGGCCUGGCUCAUUGCAGUGUUCCACAACACGUUAAACUCAAACACAACUUGUCCCCUACUGACAUAACCGACACUGACUCCGACACCGGGAUUAGCUCCACACACAGUCAAGACUCCCUCUUGCCCUGUUUGGAUUCCCUGCCUCCUCUGGACUCAGAUGUUUGAACAGGAACUCCAGGACUUCUGGAUUGCUCAGCAUGGGUGAAUAUUUCAGCAAUACAUGCUGAAUGUUCACUAGUCUAAUGUUGAUAUUCAUCAUUUAAUCAUGCAGGAAUAUUUAACAUUGCUUUUGAAUACUCUGAAGGCACCGUUACUAUCCCAGGUGUUAAAAAGACUGGCAUCUUCACAAGACCUUUUUGAUUUACUUUCAACCAAAAGGCUUGUAAUGGUAGAAUCUGGAUGUUUUAUAUUAAAACAUUUGGGAAAGGUGUGUGGAUAAAUAACUACAGUGAACCUUUAUUUUACAUUGUAAAAUGCAAUUUUCCUGAGCUACUGCAUUAUAUAAUAGCCUAUCAUGUUACAUCACGCAACUUGUAUCUAUCACACGAAAGACAAUGAUUUCAAAGUUAUUUAUUUAGACUAAAAUAGCACAAGGUUGUAUGUUAUACAAGGACAUUAUCUUCUUUUUAGGCAUUUUUAGGCAAACCCUUAUUCAAGACAUUGCAGCAUUAUGGAACUAAUGAUUAUAUCUUUAUGACAAGGCAAUGAGUCAUAAAAUCAUUCAAAGUCAAUAUAGACUGAUAAUUUAAAUGCCACAGACAGUUGGUUCACACAUUGACUAGUCUAGCAACUGGUAAGACACAGGGACAUCAUUUUACCGCCUAUAAAUGAAACACAUUAAAGCAGAGCAAUAGGUGAGUUUCUAAAAAUAUGAAUAUAUGAAAUGCCUCCAGAAAAGGAGCGAGACUCAAGCCACAGCAGCCUCGGAAAGUGCCCUGUAUUAUCAGGGGAGACAGUCGCUAGGCAGACCCAAACAACAGCAAGCACUCUUCUCUUGCCAUGGUGAUGCUGAGAGUGUAACACGCUGUACUGAGAGCAGAUCAGGCCAUAUAUCCAUUUCACAAACUAAUUGCCUUCUUCAACCCCUUUCUUUAAACCCCUUAGUAGUUCCAGCAUACAUGAAAGAGCACAGUGUCUCACAAUGUAGACUGCCUUGCAUCAGUGCCUCCCAGUUGUAAAGAGUACCAAGGUUUAGCUAAGGCAGGUUUGCUUGAAAGCAGUUUGUACCAAAUGGUACCAGAUUUGUGGUUCAUGGAAUUUAUUUUCUAAUGCAAAUAGUCCCUCAGUCAUAGAUGUUUCGAUAGAAAAGAGGUCACCUUGUUAGUUCUUUAUUGUUUCUCUGAAGCAUGCUGAUGCAGUUUCUUCUUUGAUUUGGUCUCAAGCUGUGUUGAUUACCUAUUUUCUUCAUCAGCAGCACCUGACACUCCCUGUGGAUAAACAUUGCCAAAGCCUACAUUUCCCAGCAGGCCAAGCAGGAAGUAGCACUCAGACCCUGUAAUGUCGAGUAAGAUGGAGACUUGGUUAUCCAGUCUCUGCCUGACAUCAGCAAGAGUUCAAAACCCUUUCAAGUCAUACGCCUGUUUUCAGACAACAGUAAUUACAUGGGCCAAAAUGACUGUUACUAGAGCCUGUUUUUUGUUGUUGCAAAGGUGUAAUUCUGUGGCAGCAACCUUGGGUUAAAGACACUGUAUGGUCAUUUAUGUCAUUCGGUAAUGAUUCUGUUGUAGUUUGAUACAUGCUACAAUCACUGUAAAAUUAUAAAAUAAUUAUUACAUUUUGUCACAGAUUUUUUUUAAUCACUCACCACACU